AUGGUUGGAUCUGCGAUUGAGAUUGGGGCUGGGUCCUCUACGGAUCUAGAGUUUUGGACUCACUGGAUCUGUGUCGGAUCUAUGUGGUACAAUGGUUGGUUUGGACUGGAGGAGCGGGGUGGGGGAGGAAGAUUUGGGUUAACGAUGGGGUGGGGCUUCGAUGGUGGUUGGAAGGAUGUUACGAUCGUCGCUGGAUGGAGGCAACAACUGUAA